CGAGUCACCUUCGCGUGCCUUAGUGGUAGUCAACCAACGGCACUGUUCAGACCGCGAGUUUCCAAAACCAAAACGCACACAUCAUCAUCGAUCCCAAGCACCGUCGUUUUAUAAUCCGAAAGAUCAGAUCUUUGAUCUAAAUUCCAUUCCUUUCCUCAACUGUUUCGAUCCUUUGUCUCUUUUCUGCUCUUCCCCUGCUCCAAGUAUUGUGUUAUUUUUCGACUCCAUGAGCUUCAAGAACUUGAACAUAUCCUUUUUCCUAUUUCUUUUUGUGAUGGAUUUUGGUUCAUCCUGCAACCAUGUUGUUCCUCGGCCGUAAAGAAGGCGCCUUUCGAUUGGGGCGCGGGGGGAUGGACUCGAAGCAGCAGCAGCAGCAGCGGCAGAAGCAGGAGGAGGAGGGACGACAGCGACGGCUGGAGCGGCGCAACGCCGCCAAGAACUUCGAGUACGGGAUGGCUGCCGGUGGCGUCUCAUGGUCCUCCUCCUCCUCCUCUUCCUGUUCUUCUUAUCAUGCCUUGUCGGACGACUCGGCCGCUCUUCGGCCCACCCGUUCACUCGACCUUCCUUUCUCCAACCAGACGAGCUUCCGGAUUGCGGGUAGCAUCGAUGGCGAGGUGGACAGUCUCUACCGCACCCUAGGCCUGUCCGGUCCUGAAGAUUUCGCCAUUCCUCUCCUUGCCUGGGAGGCUCGCAAGGUGCGAUCAUCCUCCGACCUCCUCCACAAGAGAUCCCCGAUUUUCCAUACGGAUAGCCCAACCCGUCAAAAUCCCACCCUUGCAUCUCAAUCUCGCAUCUUGGUGCCGGAUUCAUCUCCUACUGUUCGCUCUUCCCCGUCCAUCGAAGAAGCCACAAGACGUCAGGAUGUGGAGGAGGCCACACCUGUGAAAAAUUCCUGUGAUAGUUCCAUGGAUCAAAUUGCAGUUGCGGAUGAUGAAGCUGUAAAGAAUUCCUGUCCAUCUCCUAUAUCUGGGGGAGGAGAUGAAGGAAUUCAAGUUGUUCGACCACCUGUUCUUACGCCUACAGCAAUUCUUUUAUCGUCGCAGAUAAAUUCGAUGCUGCCCACUCCCCCACUGGCGCUGCCGCCGCCUCCAUCCAUGUCACUGCCAGCCAUUGACAGGAUGGGCUCAGCUUGGGAUAUAGUUAGGUCUUUCGCUCCGGAUGAGGAGGCUGGCGAAUUUGGUGCAAGUCCAAGGAAGUCCUCAAGCUUAACCGUCGAUGUGGAUGAAGAGGACGAAAGAGAUCUGAUAGGACAAGCAGUCGGAGAGGAAGAGUUUGAGGAGCUGAGGUUAGGGGAGACCUUGGAUGGCUUCACUGGGAUGUCGUCGUACUCGCCGAUGAAUGAUGAUGAUACACAUAGUAUGACUACAAAAACGAUGUUCAAAAUCUCACCAAAUGGAAAGUUCAAGAGAAAAAUCAAGUCAUGGAUGCGAGGUGUUCUUCUAGGGAGUGGUUCCUAUGGGAAGGUAUAUGAAGGAAUCAGCGAUGAUGGUGUAUUUUUUGCUAUCAAAGAAGUUUUGUUGCUCGACCAAGGAAUUAAUGCACCACUUCAACUUGAACAGGAGGUUGCACUUUUAAGCCAAUUUGAACAUGAAAACAUAGUCCAGUAUUAUGGAACGGACAAGGAGGAGUCAAAACUGUUCAUCUUCCUUGAACUUGUCACACAAGGUUCCCUUGCAUCUCUAUAUCAGAAGUAUCAUCUACGAGAUACCCAAGUUUCUGCAUACACAUGGCAGAUUCUGCACGGUUUAAAUUAUCUUCAUGAGCGAAAUGUAGUGCACAGAGAUAUAAAAUGUGCUAACAUAUUGGUUCAUGCAAAUGGUUCUGUAAAACUUGCUGAUUUUGGAUUGGCAAAGGAGAUAACUAAGUUCGACAUGCUCAAAUCGUGCAAAGGUAGUGUUUACUGGAUGGCUCCUGAGGUUGUUAACCCUAAAAAGACAUACGGACCUGCUUGUGAUAUAUGGAGCCUUGGGUGCACUGUUCUAGAGAUGCUGACACGACAGAUUCCUUAUCCUAGUCUUGAGUGGUAAUGCUUUGGGUCCCAGAAGUUUCCCAAUGGAGAGAAGAUAAAAGCUUAAUUUUCCCACCCUCAUCUAACAGGUGUUUUUAUGUGAUUGCCUUGAUCUCAGCAAGGGACUUUCUUGGGGACUCUUUGCGGCACUCCUGUUGUUAACACCAGAAGGAAUUCCAAUGAAUAUGCAGUGUAGCAAAGCCUUAAGUUUUAGUUGUAAUUUGUAUAAGAGUAGUUGUUCAAAAGCAAUUUAGUCACAUGAUACAGGCAAAUGUAAGGAAAAUUAUAGUGCAAGAUGGACCCAUUUGAAAUGAUUUGCUGAUAUGAAACUUUAGUUUAGAGAUAAGAACAUGCCAGAUCAAUUCCCUGAUUUUUUUUUAAAAUUUAGUAAUGGCUUUGUGAUGCACAUAUGUUUGUUUCUGUAUGUCCUCCUAGCUCCAUGUAUGGGGUGAAACUUCCUAAAUCAGUUUAGCCUUAUACCGUGUCAUCAAGCUAGUCUUCUGAAAUAUAAAAAAAUUGAGAUCAUUUUCUGCAUAUUGAGCAUAUAAAAACUAGUCUAUCUCAUCCAUCCGUACAUACAUCGGCCAGUGCAAACAGCAAACCGCCUCUUAGAGCAGUCAAGUCUGGUAGUAGUAUUUUCAGAUUAGUGAUAUGAGACGGGGAGAAAUACCAAAGAAUGUUGCCGUAAACAAUGAGAAGGGAUGUGAUGGAUCCUAGUUUGACUGAUGAUGUUGCACUUAGCCAGGUUUAAUAAUGUAAAAAGUUCCAUGUAGUAGUAUUUUCAGAUAAACCUGUUUUCUCUAAAGAUGUUAAAUAACAAGAUAAAUUUCCUCUGAAAACUAUUCCAUGUUUGCGUGUUCAUUAUAUACUUAUCUGUCAUGUAUUAUUAGAAAGCUUUCUUUAUAGAGUUUUGCAUGGCUAAAUGAUAGAAUAUAUGACAAAAAAAAAAGCAUAUAUGUAGGCCUCCUUUUCUCCGCGAGCUGAUUGUAGUAAUAGCUUGCCUGCUUGAUGAUAACCGACUUUUAAAUAGAGUGGUAAUUCCAUUUGUGGUUUUUGACUUCCAAAACUUGCUGGUUCCACUAUAUUCAUGUCUUUAAAGAUUAGCCCUACCGAAACGUUCUUUUCUCAACUGUCAGUGUACUUUUUAAAGUUUCGUCUAU